ACAAACAUUUAUAUUUUAUUUCUACCUCAUUGUAUCUUUGUUUUCUUUGAUUAUAUAUGUUAUUUUGUCAUGUGAUCGAUGGGUGUUGGUUGGGACACUGUUUUGAUUAAAACUUUUAGUUUGACGCAUUAAGAGGUCAACAGGGUUCAAAAGAGGAUAUAGAAUUCCCGGAAAGGUGGUGACGGGGAAGAGUGAGACGGUCGGUGUUUGGGCCAGAUGCUUGGGAGAGACGCGAGACGGUCGGCGUUUGUAACACAUGCCUGAGAGACGCGGAGACGCUCAACGUUUUGGGCCACAGGCCUUUGAGUCACGGAGCCUGCGGCGUUUCAUUGACGCCGGUUUUUCCUUUCACAUACGGACCGUCGGAGUUUUAAGACGAUCGAAAUGGACACUGGACAAUGGCACAUUGGAAAACCAGCUCCUACAUCCUCACUGUCCAGGCAGCAGACAUGGGAGGUGAGCCAGGGGGACUGACAGGAACAUCCACUAUGAUGGUGCACAUCUUGGACGUCAACGACAUAGUCCCCAAACUGGAAAAGGAUGAGUUUUCAGUAAGUAUUGAUGAGAAUGUGGAAGAUGUCGAGGUAAUGCGCUUCAAAGCCUUGGAUGAUGACCUUAGAGGAUCAGACAAUUGGCUAGCUGUGUUUCACAUUGUGUCGGGAAAUGAGGAUGACUACUUUAGCGUUUACACCGACCCCAGGACUAACGAAGGUGUGCUGAUGCUCAAGAAGGCUGUUGAUUUUGAGGCAGUUCCUAACCUGAACCUGGGGGUUGUGGUGAUGAAUCAAGCACCUGAAGGAGCCAGGGUACCAGGAUAUGCAGGAGGCUCUGGUGGUGCCGGUGGUGGUGGUGGAGGAACGGGAGGGCCUGGGGGUGUAGGAUGGCCUGGUGGUGGAGGAGGAGGACCUGCUGGGGUUCCAGGAGGUACGGGGACUCUUGGAAAGCCUAGACAACCAGGGACUGGAGGGACUUGGAGCAUUUCUUCAAAGUAUAAAAGCUACCCAGUGAAGGUCAGUGUGAACAACAAACCAGAUGGGGCAGUCUACCGCCCAAGCACCAAGCCCAUCUCCCUCCCAGAGGGCAAAGGACAACUCUCCAUCCCCAAGGUCAUUUGUACCUUUCCUGCCACGGAUGGAGAUUCAGGAGAACAGGCCCAGAAUGUCAGGUAUGCAAAAGGUUAUGACCCUGGAAACUGGUUCACCAUUGAUGAAGAGACAGCUGAAAUCACACUCAAUAAGAUGCCAGACCGGGAGUCUCCGUAUGUGGUGAAUGGGACCUACCUGGCCAAGAUUCUCUGUAUGACAAAUGACAUGCCCACCCAGACAGCCACGGGGACCAUUGCAGUGCAUGUGGAGGACACUAAUGACAACUGCCCCACGCUCACCAGCCACGUGCAGUACCUGUGCAGUGACACUAAGGUGGUGAAUGUGACAGCAGAGGAUUUGGAUGGAGACCCUAACGGUCCGCCGCUUGAGUUCACGCUGCUGGAUGAGGGUGUGGGGGUGAAGUGGAGGCUUCAGCAGACCGGAGAUGCUUCAGCAGCGCUGUGGGCUGAAGAUGGUCUUUGGCCUGGCCUCUAUGAGGUCACGUUUGAGAUACGAGACAAGCAGGGGUUGGCCUGUCCUGACAGACAGGUCCUCAAAUUGGAGGUGUGCACUUGCCAAGGGGGCUUGACUUCCUGUGCUUUAAAACAGGAACAGAUGCAGUCAGGGGUGACAUCCAGCAAGAAGUCAUCCGAACUGGGAGGAGCCGCAGUGGGAGGGAUGCUGUUAGGCCUCCUCGCACUCCUGUUGGUCCCAUUGAUGGCUUUGUUCUGCUCCUGUGGAGGAACCAGUGGGCUUACAGGAGGCUUCACUGACCUGCCCUUUGACGGCAAGACUCAUCUCAUCUCCUAUCACACCGAGGGAAAGGGAGAGGACCGGGAGGUUCCUCUGAUGAGUGUUCCGGUACUAAUCUCCAAAGUAAUUCCAGUUACUGCUUCCGCAAACAUGGCUACCACCACCAUGGUGAGCAGGCAGAUGCAGGAGAAUGCAUUCGGAGGCUUUUAUGACUAUGAUGAGCCAGAGAUGGGGAACAUGGACUCCAGUGCCCAUUGGGAGUAUACUUCAGAUCUGCCGGAGAUGAGAGAGGAGGAUCAGCUCUCAUUCAUGGCACUACCAGACACCUUUCUGGACCAUUACUUCUCACAGAAAGCAGAGCAUACAGCAGUGACUUCUUGUCCGAAGGACAAUCUGUUGGUGUAUGAAUACGAGGGACAGGGAUCUCCCGCUAACUCUGUGGGCUGCUGCAGCCUCCUCGAGUCUGAGGAAUGACCUCCAGUUUCUUGACGACUUGGGGUCAAAGUUCGCCACCCUCGCCCAGAUCUGUGGAUACUCCAAAGUCACAAGCCCAAAAAUGGACCAUCAGAUCACACCUCCCAUGUCAGAAAUGGACACCAGUAUCAUCAU